CUCGCGCCAGCGGGUCUCCGGACGCGCCGCCGCCGCCGCCGCCGCCGCCGCCACCGCCGGGAAGGCAGCUGGCGCCGAGCAAGUUGCGAGCGCGCCUCUCGCCCAGGGAAAGUUUCCCCCGCGGCCGCCGAAGGGAGUUGGCGCGGGGUCUGGCCGCUGCCGCUGGAAGAGUUUCUCCUGACGCCACCAUCAGAAAGAGAGCUCAAGAAAAUAUUGACACCCCUGAAAGGAAGAAACACCGGUUGAAAGAGGUGGGCAUCUGUGGGACAGCCCCAAGCUAGCAGGGACCAGACCUCCAACCCCAUCAUCGAAGCAACGGGAACCCUUUGAAUUGGAACUAAAAACGACGAGCUGGGCCAGUAAGGAAGUAUCCAGGAACCCCUCUGACCAGGAGACUUCAUCCUGCUGACAUCGAAAGAACUGCCCAGGUGGAGCACCAUGGAAGGCGACUGUCUGAGCUGCAUGAAGUAUCUGAUGUUUGUCUUCAAUUUCUUCAUAUUUCUGGGCGGGGCCUGCCUGCUGGGCGUGGGCAUCUGGGUCAUGGUCGACCCCACCGGCUUCCGUGAGAUCGUGGCCGCCAACCCCCUGCUCAUCACGGGUGCCUACAUCCUCCUGGCCAUGGGGGGCCUGCUUUUCCUGCUCGGCUUCCUGGGCUGCUGCGGGGCCGUCCGGGAGAACAAGUGUCUGCUGCUGUUUUUCUUCCUGUUCAUCCUGAUCAUCUUCUUAGCGGAGCUGUCGGCGGCCAUCCUGGCCUUCAUCUUCAGGGAAAAUCUCACCCGUGAAUUCUUCACCAAGGAGCUCACCAAGCACUACCAGGGCAACAACGACACAGAUGUCUUCUCUGCCACCUGGAACUCCGUCAUGAUCACAUUUGGUUGCUGUGGGGUCAACGGGCCUGAAGACUUUAAGUUUGCAUCAGUUUUCCGACUCCUGACUUUGGACAGUGACGAGGUGCCUGAGGCUUGCUGCCGGAGAGAACCCCAGAGUCGGGAUGGGGUCCUGCUGAGCAGGGAGGAGUGCCUCCUGGGACGGGAACUGUUCCUGAACAAGCAGGGCUGCUACACGGUGAUCCUCAACGCCUUCGAAACCUAUGUCUACCUGGCUGGAGCCCUCGCCAUAGGGGUGCUGGCCAUCGAGCUUUUUGCCAUGAUCUUUGCCAUGUGCCUCUUCCGGGGCAUCCAGUAGAGGGUGUGGCCUGCAGCCUGAAGACUCACCCCGCCUACCACAGCCCAGCACCCAAUGCCCUCCCCUUCCCCGCACCCCUGCCUUCUUGGCCCCCCCCCUGGGGGGAGGAGGUGAGGCCAUCGUGAGUGGCCAGGAGAAGGGCCAGGGGAAAAUAGCUAUUUUUUUAACAGAACAAAAUGAAGACAAAAAUAUGGACUAAUGUAGCCCGUCUGGACUCCAGAGUGGGCGCCACGGGCCUGGCACCUGAACCCGGGAUGCAGUCUGGACUAGAGACCAAAGCAACACGAGGGCCAGGCCCUGCCCUCGGCCCACAGCCCCAGGCCUGGGCCCUCGACUCAUAACUUCAGGACCUGGUGCCAAGAAAAUAAGGAUUUAGGCAAGAAGGAGGUGAAAGGAAAUUUGUGGAGAGAGGUUGCCAAACCCCAGCGACCCCAAGGAGGCCCUGGUCCUCCAGGGAUGGAGUUGUCCCUGCCUCAGGCUGGGGCCAAGAGUGGGCUGCAGACACUGGAUCCAAGAAUGGCCCAGCUGGUAGGGUCCAUGCUUCCCCAUCUGUUGGGCCAGAUAAUCUGGAGCACCCAGAGAGGGACAGUUUCUUAUCCACACUCACACAGCACAUGCACGACAGUUCUGACCAAGAACCUGUCAUCUGCAGGCUGCCUGUCCCUCCUUCCAAGACUCUGUCGGUCCCAGCAGGCAUGCUGCUCCCACCCCUCUCUGGCCUCCGCGCCCUGGUUUCCGCAGAAGAGAGAGGGCAGGCUGGUCAGCAACUGCCUCUUCCCGGCUCCAUGGCGAAGACAGUUCUGGAUUCUGCCCUCCCUCCCACCUCCCCACGCUUUCUGUCAGUCCCAGGAACACACCCAUGUACACACAUCACAGCCUCUUUUUUCACACCGCCCCCCUCUCCCUGUUCUCCACUGACUCCCCGGCUCCCAGGACCGGAAGGAACCCCCAAGGUCAUCUGGUUCUCCUCUCCCCACUCAGAAUUGCAGCAUGGAUGUCUUCCGCAAGAUCCCCGCCAAGACUUCUCCGCCUUCUUCUUGCACAUCUCCAAGGACAGGGAGCUCACUACCUCCCAAGACAGGUUUCUGCCUUUGGACUGCUCUGACUUGAGCAUCAGCUCGAUACACGGAAGAGGUUUCUUGUUUUCUGUGGCUCUGUCCAUGACAUCCCACGUGCUCGCUCUUCUUACCGAAAUGUUAAGGCCACACAUGGUCCCCCCUAAGCCCCGUCAUCUCCAGAUCAGAGAACCCCGGGGCCUCUCAUCCUUUCUGCUGUGUCAUGGUUUCCUGUGCGUUCACUGUCCUUAGCACAUUUCUGAGUGCCCCCUCCAAGAUCUGGCAGGGAGAGGUUUCCCCACAAACUCACUCACACCCACAGAGCACCCACAAAUCUGUCCCUCAUACACAGGUCUCAGAUUAUAGACCAGUGUUGGCAACCGUAUUACAAGAUGCCGCAACUUUGAUCAAUCAGGAGUUGCUGCCGGAGGCUGUGCCAAGGAUCUGAGGUUUGGUCUGGGAUCCAGGGAAGAAUCCCAGUGUUAUUUCGAUUAGUGCUGUCUGCCAAACAGCUCAAACUUGAUUGGUAAUGUCUGCCAUAGGUGUGGGCUGGGAGGAUCAGUAUGGUACCUGCUCUUCUCUUUACAUUGUCCUUCUUCAGAGUCUGGGAGGAGCCCUCUGCCAGCUUCCAGCCUCCCCUCCAGCUUUCCAGCCACUGGGAGACAGAGCAGCAGCUUAGAACCCAGUGCUCCCCUGCUCUGCCAACUUCCCCCUUCUGAGAUGCAGCCAGAGCUCUGUGCCUGCUGCAAAGAUUCGGCUUGACCCUCCUCCCACCUCUCCCCUUCCCCCUCGCACCCUCCUGCUGUCCUGUCCCCACCAGUCCGGCCCUCCCUCCUGGUCUCUGAACUGGGUCUUUCCACAUUGUCCCUGUAUCCAGCUGCCUUGGAAAUUCUAUAAGUGAUACUAUGAACUCCCCAGCUACUGGGCAUCCCAGCGACCCAGGGAGCUGCGCAGCUUGUACCCCAGCCCAGCCUGAGAAGGGCCUGGGGCUUACCCCUCUCUAGGUCCAUCCACAAGCUUAGCUCCAACUUCCAGGCAGAGGCAAAGGGCUGGAGUGAGGGUGACACCCUCCCCCCAAAAAAAUCGGGUUGGCUAGGCAGGACUUAGGGUCAAAUUGGGCAGCUAUGGGGCUCCAGACUAGGAGUGCUCCAGGCUUCAGAGCCCUGUGGUCCCCAAGGCCCAGGAGAACCCGGGGCCUUCGAAGUAAGAAAAGCCAGGCAUCUUGUAUCACCCCUUUGGGGGCCCCCUGAGAGGAGGGGCUGGUCAAAGGGGAACACUGGGCGAGGUGGGUUCAAGGGUAGAUGUGAGACUCUCAUCCUUCUUCAGAGCUCUCCAGAAAGCGGCCAAGGAGUCCUGAUCUGCCCUCAAGGACCACACUGGGGCUGGAGAGGGGGAAGCAGGCUGGUAGCUAUUUGCAAGCCUGCCAGAGGGGGCGCCAGAAGGCAAAGCCCAGCCCCAGUCGGGCUGGAGCCUCUCCCAGGCCCCACCCACAACCGCCCACAACAGGUGCUAUUGGCAGUUUGGGGCUGCUGGGCGAAGGGGUGCUGGGGAGCAGAGUAAGUCUCCACUGAGAUUUUUCUCUGCCGAUAGCCCCCACCCCACCCCCACCGGGCCAGGGAAGACCUUACACUUCCUCACUCCGCCCUGUACCAAGGCCACCUUCCUGCUGUCUCUGGGAGAAUUCUUGGCCUCUCCCCAGCUUCCCUUGUCCCUUCUGUCCUCUUCAUACCUAAGGGGCCCAGACAGGACCCCCCCAAAAAACCUGCCGAGGCCCUAGCAACCCCCUCUCUCCAGAAGCCCCUUCUUGCCCUCCCCAGUGAGUCCUUUGUGGAAAAUCUAUUUUGAAAUCUGUAAAUGUUCCUUGCAGGAGAGAGCAGAGCUAAUUUAUCGUGUUUAUUGCCCGUGAGCCCCUCCCCUUUUAUAUUAUCUAUCAAGAAGGAGUUUUUGUAAUAUAAAACAGGACACCCACACUGAUGGUUUUGCACUGGUUUUUGUGACUGUUUCUUACAAAAAGAAAAAGGAACAAAGAAUAAAUAGUGAUCGUGA